UAACAAAACAACUUUAUACACCUCUAUAUUUCAAUUAUUUAUUUUUUAAAUUUAUUGCGUUAAACGUUUUUUCUUUUAAUCAUUUAUUGCGUUCUUAUCGUAGAAAAACUUACUGAGAGAUAUGUUAACGUUAUUAUCUUUUAAAAAAUUCUAAGAUAAUGGAGAUAUGAAUCAGAGAAUAUAGAAUAACUGCGACAUUGCAAAUUAUUUCAUUGCUACAUUUACGACUAAAAAAAAACCAAGCAUGUAUUCUAUGCAAUAAUUUUAUGUAUAUAAACAUGGAGGAACUUUCUCUGACCCUGAUGGAAGUAUGUGUGUCAGAAAAGAAUAUUUUCUGUAUCAUUGGUUUUACAAGAAACUUACUUAUUUAUAUAAUUAUGCAUAGACUAAAGACAUUAUUAUUCGAUGAUGAAAAUAUGUAUUUUAAUUAGAUUUAUAUAAAUAACUAAACCUGCAUAUAUAUAUACAAUCUUGCUUUAUUUUGCCAGGGCAUUAAACUCAAAUUAGGUCAUACACCUGGUGUUUCACGUUUUAUUCUGAAAUAUGCAUUAUCCUAUUUAUAUUCAAUUUUCGUUGUAUAAAUAUAAAUGUAAAGAUUUUUUACAUACGCAUUUAUUAUUAUUUUUUCUUUAAUAAUAGAAUAGCGUGAGAAAUAUAGUAUAUUAAAUAUAACAAAAAAGUAGAACAAUCACGUAAAGUUGACGAGCUAAUUAUCUCAUUUUUGAUUUAUAUAAAAUGAAAUGAAUGUAAUUAACAUGAAUGUAAUAAAUAUUUAUUUAUGUAUAAUUAUUGAAAUAAUUAAAUUUAUUUCCAGAUUUGAUCUCAUGUAUAUCUGUAUAAAUUGUGGAACUGAAACAGAAGAACUUUAUAGACGAUACUGUCCAAGCGUUCUUAAAGUUUUGAAAUGCGUAAAGUGUGGAUUAUUAGCUGACAAAUAUAUCGAAUAUGAUCCUGUUAUUGUAUUCGUUGACCUUAUUUUAUUGGAGAAACAAGCCUAUCAACACCUUUUAUAUAACAGUAAUUUUAAAUCAUAUUGGAAGCUGAUGGUAAUGUUAUGGUUGGCUGAAGCUUUCAGAGUAUGGUCUUUUUGUGAAUCUAUUAAUAGUCAAAAAAGCAAUCAAGUUCUAGAAAACAGAGAUAUGUUUCAAGGAGACUGUAAUUUUUAUAUCCUUUUAUUGCGAACUGCCGUUACAUUGACAGCAUUUAUUGCCACUGUAAUUAUAGUUACUGAAAUACGUUGGCUAAUUAAUGGGAAAAGGCCACACAAGUAUAAUGCCAAAGAUUUAACUAGAGCACUUAUUGUGGGAGGAUGUUCUAAAUUGUUAGGAUUAUUAGCUAUUAUAUGGAAACCAAUAGAAUUAGAUCUACAUUACAUAUUUGUUCAGGGCUAUACAGUUUUAUGCCUUAUGACAGCGUAUUCAGUUGUCUGUAAGACUGGAAAAAGUGGAUCUUUGAUUGGAUUGAUUGCUGGAUUUUUGGUUUGCGAUUACAUUUCUAAUUUUGUUUCUACAUUGCCUCUCUGUCCAAUGUUAUUCUAAUGUAAGGAUCGAUCUAAUACUAACAGAUUUUGAUGCUCAGGCAUCUUUGACAGGAAGAAUACUCCAUCCUACCACUAAUCUAUCAAAUCCGCAA